UGGACGGAUGAGGGCGCGCCAAAACCUCUCCCUCUCAUGGCGACUACCCACGUCCGGUCACUCAUGGCCUGCUCUUCUCUCUCCUCUGCCGUCUCCUUCUCCCAACCCUCGCUCUCCCCCAAAUUUCCUCUCAGUAAUUCCUCCAUUUCGAGGCGGAGUCCUCUCGGUUCUAGCCUAGCGCUCCAUUUCAAUUUGCUCGGAACGAGAGUCACCGCGAGGCGGAGCGUUUCUACGUUCUGCUGUCGUUACAGCAAUGGCGGUUCCUCAAAGGGACUGGAAGAGCACGCUGAUAAUCAAUCCGACUCUGUCACGUUCUCUUCUGGACAUGGAGUGAAGAAGCUCGAUGGUCUGAUUGCAUCGAUCCUUGUUUUUGUUCAAAUUGCUUCUCCGAUACCUUUACUUGGAUGGGAGCCUCAGUCUGUUACUCCAGCAAAUGCUGUUCUGUAUUCUCCGGACACAAAGAUCCCAAGAACUGGGGAACUUGCUCUAAGGAGAGCUAUCCCUGCAAACACAAACAUGAAGGCCAUACAGGCUACCUUGGAAGAUCUCUCUUACUUGCUUAGAAUACCACAGAGAAAGCCAUAUGGAACAAUGGAGGGUAAUGUGAAGAAAGCUCUUAAGAUAGCAAUGGACGAGAAGGAUUCGAUUUUGUCAAGUAUGCCGGCAGAUCUGAGAGAAAAAGGUUCCCAGUUUUAUGCAUCUCUCAUUGACGGGAAGGGUGGAUUGCAAGCGCUUCUUCAAUCUAUUAAGGAGCAAGACCCGGACAAGGUAUCAGUGGGCCUGGCUUCAUCUCUGGAUACUGUUGCAGAACUAGAAUUAUUGCAGGCUCCUGGAUUAUCAUUUUUGUUGCCAGAACAGUACUUGAAAUAUCCCCGGCUGACAGGAAGAGCAAUUGUCGAAUUUACGAUUGAGAAAGGGGAUGGAACAGCAUUUUCACCUGAAGCUGGUGGUGAAUCAAGAAAGACUGCCACGAUGCAGGUCGUUCUUGACGGAUAUUCAGCACCAUUAACUGCUGGAAAUUUUGCAAACCAGGUAGCUGAUGGUGCAUAUGAUGGAACAAAGCUGAGUACUGUCAAUCAAGCUGUUUUAUCUGAUAAUGGAACCAAUAAGGAUCGUGGCUACAGCGUCCCCCUAGAAAUAAUGCCAUCUGGGCAAUUUGAACCGCUGUAUAGAACAACAUUAAGCGUGCAGGAUGGUGAAUUGCCGGUUCUGCCGCUGUCUGUUUAUGGAGCAGUUGCUAUGGCACACAGUGAGACAUCCGAUGAGUACUCAUCACCACAUCAAUUCUUCUUCUAUUUAUAUGACAAGAGAAAUUCUGGCUUGGGUGGAAUAUCUUUUGACGAAGGGCAAUUCUCAGUUUUCGGAUACACAACUGCUGGGAGAGAACUCCUUUCGCAGAUAAAGACCGGAGAUAUGAUCAAAUCUGCAAAGCUAAUAGAAGGGCGAGACCGCCUUGUAGUGCCAAAUGAGAGUUGAUCACCUAACUUGCCAAACAAGCAAUUGAAUUCUGUCUUACAAGUUUAUUACAUCAGCUACACCUUGGGAGCAGAAGAACAGAUAAAAAAAGCUGUACAUUAGCAUGAGUCUCAUUUUUUUAUUACAAACGGUUAUGCUAUUUCAUAUCAAAUUGCUCGGGUGAGACUGUCUCAAUUCAUUCAUCUAAAUGUCUACUGCUUUAAUCUGUUUAAA